CUCCUGCUUCGUUCACUCACCUUCACAAGUUACUAAAGUCGACAUUUAAUACGAGGAACGUAAAAAUUGUUUUUCCAAGUUUUUCCAAGUUGUUCAAAUAAUUUCAGAUGUCUGACCAAGAAAAACUUAGAAUGUGUAAAGAGGAGAUCUCUAAAAUACGGGAUAGGAUAAAAAAGGAGAUUCAGGAGAAAGAUAGAAAGAUGAAGAAAGAAUUGGCCGAAUUGAAAGUCAAAGGCAUUGAAGAUAGACUCAAGUUGGCAAGAGUUGAACGAGACGAGAUUGAACAGGUUGUAUUCAAAACAAUCAAUCCAGAAUCUUUCAAAGAUCUCCCAGUGAAAAAGUAUUUAACAGGAUACAAUAAUCAGGGAAAAUUUGAAGAUGAAAAUGGUUCGGACGCUGACUUGGAUUCGACAUCCACCGAGGAUACAAAAGAAAUAGAGAUAAAGCUGGAAAUUUUGGCACUAGAAAAGCAACGAACAUGCAACGUGAAAAAUGUCCGCGACUUGGAGAAAGAAUUAAGUGAUGCGAAGGAAGCCCUCACGAAGCUAAAUGAAGGGGAGAUUGCUCAAGAUAAUGAUAUACCUAUGUACAUGUCUCAACUUAAAAAGUGAUAGUAGAGUAGACGACUAUAUUAGGUUAGUUUUAAGGAAUUUCAAAUUUAUUCUUAUUCCAUUGAAAAGCCAGUUAAAUUUUAUAUAGAAAACAUGUAUUAAACUUGAAAAUAUAUUCCUUCUGUAACCAUGAAAAAUUGGUCACGAAAGAAAGCUCCUUCAAAAAUACGCACGAAAUUAAUUGACAAACUGUGUCAUUCCCGGGUCAGAAAUAUUUUGUGACCCUGACGCAUAUAUGGGGCUCAGAACAGACCUUUUCCUCAAUUUUAAUCAACAUUUGGUAGUGAAGUUGUCUGCGGUUCGAAAAUUCCAACGUAAAACCUAAAGUGCAAAUGAAGUCAGAAAUAUGGAUUUUAAUCCAGUUUUUCACGAAUUUCGCUGUAAAUGCUACUGUGGACGCCUGCACAAAGGUCGGUGGCUUUUCACCCAAUAUGGACUAGUUGAGGGGGUGUUCCUUCUUCACCAGGACAUUUAUCAAAUAUUUUUUUAAACUAUCUCCUCUCCUUAAUCAAGGAAAUUUGGCUGAUUUUACUCAGUUCCGCCGAUUCCCGCCAAAACCAUGAAUAGAGCCUGAUAAGAUAACAUUUUGACCUUUAUUUUGUAAUCAGCUAACCCUUAGAGUAUUUGACAUAAAACGUGUUAGUUUUUUUGUUGAAAUAUGUUCCUGUCGUAAAGAAAUUAUCAUCGGUAAACGGGUUAGUUUUUUUUGUUUUUUUCACCGUACCGUUUGGGGAGAGAGGUCGAUUUUUUGACCAUUGCUUAGACUUGGGAUAUCUGUAGCAUGUGACGCUUUCUAAUCCAAAAGACCUUCAUCUUAGAGUCACUUUUCAGUGCUAAUCUGAUCUCUAAAGUUGAAAGGUCAUUUGUGUGGCCAAAGUCUCCGCGUCAGAUAGAGAUUUUGUGCUAUUCUGGUAUUUAAAGCUUCGGACAUCACUGAAGUCCUCCUUGACGUUCAACCACCGAAACCAUUAUACCAAAGAUAGACACUGUCUCUAGGAUUACUUUAAUAGUUUGGGCAACCAGAUCGUUGUUGAACUUGGACUGCUACACUACAUCAAACAUCGUGCAAUUUUUUCUCUUGCAAAAAGUGAAAAAUUAUUGCCGCGCGCGUGUAGCUAAGCUCCUCCUACUUUUGACCUAGUGACGUCAAGUAAAAACGGUCAACACCAAUGAUAGGCACUGAAUGUAUGUACAAACCGCAACUGACCUUUUAAUUUUAUGUUGACCGGUUCAAAAACUACGCUCUACUAUCACUUCUUAUGGUAAGACUAUGUAA